CCAGUGUCGUUUCAACAGCCACAACACGUACAUAGGCAUUUAGAUCGAACGGUUUUCGGAGAGUUUUUGUAACUAUUUUUCGUGAACUUGUGAACUGUGAGCAUUGGCAUUGAUCUCUUAAUCGGUUUCGUCGGGAACGCAUUUUUCUCGACUUUUUUCGUGUGUUCGCGUGAACGCCAAGGCAAAAUGUCCGAAAAACCGGAGGAUAAAAACACAGAUAUACCGGAUAGUCUCUACGACUCGAAGCUACACCGGACGUACAAGCGUUUGCGGUUCUUUGGAAGGGGCGGCUUUGCCAAGUGCUACGAAAUCAUCGAUGUGGAGACCGACGAUGUUUUUGCCGGCAAAAUCGUAUCAAAGAAGCUGAUUAUCAGCAACCACCAGAAGGAGAAGAUGGUUCAGGAGAUCGCCAUUCACCGUAGUCUCAAUCAUCCGAACAUAGUGAAGUUCAACAGCUAUUUCGAGGAUAUCCAGAACAUAUACAUUGUCCUGGAGCUGUGCAAGAAGCGGUCGCUGUGGGAGCUGCACAAGCGCCGCAGAAGCAUCACGGAGUACGAGUGCCGCUACUACAUUUACCAGAUCGUCCAAGGCGUCAAGUAUCUGCACGACAAGUGCAUCAUCCAUCGCGACUUGAAGCUGGCAAACCUGUUCCUGAACGAUAUGCUGCACGUGAAGAUUGGCGACUUUGGCCUGGCCACACGCAUCGAAUACGAGGGCGAACGCAAGAAGACUCUGUGCGGCACCCCCGACUACGUUGCCCCAGAGAUUCUCAACGAGAAGGGGCACUCGUUCGAGGUGGACAUAUGGUCCAUUGGCUGCGUCAUGUUCACUCUGUUGGUGGGCCAACCCCCGUUCGAGACCAAAUCGCUGAAGGACACUUACUCAAGGAUCAAGAAGUGCGAGUACCGUGUGCCCACCUACUUGCGAAAGCCCGCUGCGGAUAUGGUGAUCUCCAUGCUCCAGCAGGACCCCAGCUGCCGGCCAGCCAUUGGCCAGUUGCUGAACUACGACUUCCUGAAGGGCUCGAGGGUGCCAACGUCCUUGCCAAGCUCUUGCCUGGCCAUGGCUCCGCGCAUUGCCCUCAACGACACCAUCGCUGCUUCAUUCCAGAUGUGCCGCCACAACGAGGACUACCGCAGCGACAUUGAGAGCUUGCACCAGCAGCUCACCCAUCUGAUCAACAAGAAGCCGUGCCUGCUGCCAGGCAAUCUCGGGGACGAGAAUACCGAUCCUGCGGCACAGCCGCUCUUCUGGAUAUCCAAGUGGGUCGACUACAGCGACAAGUACGGCUUCGGCUAUCAGCUCUGCGACGAGGGCAUUGGCAUUAUGUUCAACGACACAACCAAACUGAUUCUGCUUCCCAAUCACAUCAACGUCCACUAUAUAGACAAGGACGGAAAGGAGAGCUACAUGACAACGAGCGAUUACUGCAAGACGCUGGAAAAGAAGAUGAAGCUGCUGUCCUACUUCCAGAGCUACAUGAUCGAGCAUCUCGUGAGGGCUGGAGCCCACAAUGUGAACAUCGAGAGUGACCAGGUAUCGCGUCUGCCCCAUUUGCACUCCUGGUUCCGCACAACCUGUGCCGUGGCCAUGCAUCUGACCAACGGCACCGUACAGCUCAAUUUCUCGGAUCACAUGAAGCUCAUUCUUUGCCCGCGUCUGAGGUCCAUUACGUACAUCGAUCGCGAGAAGAUCUUCCGCACAUAUCGCUUCUCGACCAUCGCGGAGAACGGUGUGUCCAAAGAUGUGUAUCCAAAGAUACGCUAUGCCCAAGAAAAACUUCGCAAAAUGCUGGAGAAGAUGUUUGGUUAAUUCCAGCUCUCCCAUCCACCCAUUCUAACAAUCCUAGUUUCUGUUUCUGUUAAAAUUUAUAUUUACUGUUGAAUGUUUUUUGUUUUUAGUUCCCUGUUUUUCGAA